ACCCAGGCUGAGAUCUAAAACCUGCAGGACAUCGGCCCUCGAGACCAGGAGUUGCUCACCCCUGCACUAAGGCAUCAUCAGUGUCUGAUGUUUAUUAUGAGCACUUUUGAGGUGAAAAUGAUCAACCUGGGAGAAGUACAAUAAGUACAUUUACAUAAUGAUUGAAACGAGCACCACUGCUGAACAACAGGAUGUGAGGCACUCUUCCCAGCUUUUCUAGGGGAAUACCAGAGUGUUCCCAAGCUAGCCAGGAGUUCAAGGCAUUAAUCCCGCCCCAAAACGUCCCAGAUCUUAAUCAGAACAAGAACCCACAGGAUGUGGCACAAGACCAAGGCCUCACCCUGCAACACAAAGGAUCUACAUCCAGGCUACCAACCAAAGGACACCUCAGAUGCUUUGUGUCUUGAUCAGUGCUUACAAAAUAGAGGGGCUGCUGACGUGAACACAGAGCAGGAGGGUCGGGCUGAAAUCACAAUAAAAGGUGGCUGGAGUCGGCUUUUCAUCCAGUGCUCCACACGCCAGGCAACUUCUGCUGCUGACUGCAACGUGAACCAGAUUGAAGGAAGUCACAUCAAAGAUGCAGAGGUGCUUUGGGAUAUUUUGCAUGUCGCUCAUCUUUUGUGCAACUCUUUCCGAGACCAUCGGGCUAGUUGUUGCGGCAAAAGAAAAGCGUGGCUGGACUCUGAACAGUGCUGGCUACUUGUUAGGGCCCCAUGGACUACAUGGACACACGACACUAGGAGACAAGCCGGGUCUGGCUGGGAAGAGGGACAUAGGCCAGGAGGAGGACUUCAGAACAGGCGCCCUGAGAAUAGCAGAUGAAGAAAUUAUCCACACUGUCAUUGACUUCUUGUCAUACCUCAAACUUAAAGAGAUGGGAGCCUUGGACAGCCUGCCUCCUUCUGUCACAUCAGAUGAACUGGCCAAUCCCUAAGGCUUUUGCUUCUCUGUUAUUAUUGUUGUGUUUCAACUCUUCUCUGGACUCCAACUGCCAUAAAUGUAUUGUAGCUCCUAAAUGUUACAAUAUUGUAGCUCCUAGCACACUGGUAGGUUGGUAGAUUUGUUCUGGUACCAUCUGACUGACUGACCCUCAAUAUCAGAUCUUUCACCUCUUGUGUAAACAAAAUUUUAUAUCCUCUUAAAGCCAGUAGUUGUGUACUGACUAUAGGUGGAUCUACAGAAUUGGUACUUUUGUAUAAAAACAACUCUAUAUUAUCACCAGAAUAUACUAUUAUGUGUUUUCAGAGAAUGGAGUGAAAUAAAAUAA